AUGGCAACCGAGGUUUUGAAGGCAACACCUACCUGCUGCGGCAAGAACGCUGGGGGCGAGUGUGUCUGUGCUAAGCAGGCUACCUGUUCCUGCGGUCAGAAAUCCGCCCUCGAAUGCACGUGCGAGAAGGCAUCGCUCGAGAAUACUCUAAGUGGCGCCCGAUGCUCGUGCCGAGCUCGCCCUGCCGGUCAAUGUACUUGCGAGAAUGCGUCCAAUGAGAACAGUCCCGUUGCUGGUAGCACUUGCGCAUGUGGUGCUCGCCCUGCUAGCUCCUGUACUUGCGAACGCGCUACUUCGGGUUCAAACCCAAACGAAAUCGACUUUACUACGAAGAAAUAA